AUGCCAGUAAAACAUGGAAUACAACAGCCGCAGCAAUACCGUGGCCGACUGCGAACUGGGUGUCUGACUUGUCGAUCUCGAAAGGUUCGAUGCGACGAAACCAAGCCGACCUGCCGUAACUGCGCAAAAGGACAGCGCUGUUGCGUGUACAAGGCGAAACAAACCGAGAAACAAGUCGCAACGAAUACCAGUCGAUCGUCGCCUGCCAAAGACAAAGAAACGGUCCAAGUGGCAGUCGGUUCGGGUGGAAUUGCUGUACUUCAGCGCACUCCGUCUUCUGACUAUAGCGGAAGCAGUACGUCCAACUCGGUCUGUUUGCCAGACACAGAUGGUCGAGAUGCCCUCUGUCAUUCAAAUGACUGGUUACUGGAUGUACCCCUGGGGAUCGAGAAUAAGUUCGAAACACAAUGCGAAGGUUCACUUUACACUGCCGAUGAGCAAGCAGAAACGGACUCGCCGUCGAGCCUCAUAUCGCGUGAUAUCCAGUUGACCACAACUAUGGAUCUUCUAAGGGCGCAACAUGAGUAUUUGCAAUCCUCAACAGUUUUUGUCGACUUUGUUGAGUGCCCUGGAAUCACACCGUUUGAUAGGAUCAAUUGGCAACGUGCGAAAUACCUUAUCGUCUACAAUUACAAGUCUUGUCAAGCUGUCACCCGAGCUAUCACCGCUAUCUCCACGCUAUAUCACAGCAUGAAGUAUAAUCUAUCCCCGACAAGAGCUGUAGACCACUUCCGUUGUGCCAGGGACUUGCUUGACGAACUCUUGGGUGACAGUUCUCAAGAUUUCGGCACAGCGCUCGUAUGCAUAUUCCUUCUAUGCGUGUUUCAGCUCAUCUUUUCAGAUGAGACCGUCGCUGUCUAUAAAUUCCAAACCCAAACCUUGCUCCAGAGGCUGGGGUCAUGGGCGCAAUGCCCUUUUUCACAUUCACCGUUAUCCAAACGUCUGAAUGCGUGGCUUAAGAUCAUACAAGCUAUUACCAUGCGAGGGGGCGGAGGAGGGUUGUUAUCGGAAGCUUUCUACGAGCUGUUGCCAAAUUAUGAAGGGGCACUUCCCUUCCUUGAGAUAAUGCCAGAACACGAGCGGGACGUGUCGACUGAACUACAUGAGGUCUUGGGUGCUCCACUGUUUGACUUUUACUUGCAAUUACAGAUUCUCUCCGGAAGAAUCGCAAAAGAGACACAUUAUCAUCGCUCGCGUAAGUCUGGGAGCGACCAGGAUGAGGUCGUCGGUAGCAUAACCCGAAUUAGAUCACAACUGCAGGCUUUGUGGGAGAGCCGAUCGAUGAUGCAGCGUCAAACAGCCAAACAAAUCCGUUCUCAAUUGGCGCCGAGCAUUGCAAACUCCAUCAUAGGUCUUAUUCGUAUAUGCAACGCCGCUUAUUUUGCAGAAUAUGUUGAGAUAGACCGAGUCCUCGGGGAUCCAUUGACAAAAUGGACUGGCUCCAGAGAGGCAAUACAGACCAUCAAGGAAAUAGUGGAUGACGACUGGGAAGAAAACGACAUAGCUGACGGCAAAGAGCUCAAUUCAGGAUAUCUACGUGCCCUCUUUCUGUGCGCGAUUGAAUGCAUGGACCAAGAGCAGAGCCAGUGGGCUAUUCGGAGAAUUAGAGGGAUAAGAAGCGCAACAUAUCGCACUGAGUUCUUUGCUGAAUUUGCUGGGGCGCUUUCAGAAGCCCAGAUGGAGAGGGAGAGGCGGGUGACAUCUAAGUACUUUUGUAUUUGGUAUUUUGGAGGGCCGCCCCCAUUCUUAUGA